AUGAGCUCCCUGGUCAGCACCUCACACCUCCAGCUCGCUGCCUUUGCUCUGGGCACCAUAGGCUGGAUCCUGUGCACCGUUUCAAUGGGAAUUGUGGAAUGGAGAGUGUGGCAUGUGGACAACACCACUGUCAUCUCCUCUGGCAUUGCCUGGGUGGGGAUUUGGAAAGUCUGCUUCAUCAGUUACCUUCAUGUCUCACCUGGCUAUAGAGAACAGUUUUGCCAUAAAUUCAGUGGCUAUGACUCCUUCAUCCCCUAUGAAAUUUAUGUUGCUCAGGGUCUCAUGUUGAUUGCCAUGUUCAUGGGCUUGCUGGGACUGGCUGCUACAAUAUUUGCUCUGAGAAAUGUGUAUAUGGGAAUCACUCACAAAACUCUCAUUGCCCCGUUCUUCCUGGUGGGUGGCUUCUUGUACAUAUUUGCUGGUCUGUGUGUCCUGAUUCCCGUGAGCUGGAAUUUCUAUUCUGUAGCUCACAACCAGAGCAUAGCUUUUCCUCCUUCUUACUACAUGCCCUCCAGUCCAGAGGCACAGGAAGCUGGUGCUGCCAUUCCUGUUGGGAUUGUGGCUGUCAUCCUCCUGCUGCUAAGUGGGACGUUUUCUCUCUCAUACAGAUUUCCCAUGACUGCAAACACUAUCACGAAAUCCUGA